GUGCCGCCCCUCUCCUCUAUGGUUUGGCGUGUAUCUCAGAUAGACAGUUGAGAGGUGAGGAGUGACAAGAAAACCGAGAGGAAGAGUGAGGGGAAGAAGGGAAUAAACCGAGCACAGGAGGAGGACUGUGGACAUGGAUGCCCUAGCACUAGAGGCCACCAGCACUAAAAAGCCGGUUAACGGGGCGGUGCUUGCCCCGUUGCCAGUCCCAGCACCGGUCAAACGUAAACCUGCUAAAAAAGCUAAAAAGGCUGUUGUUUUCUUUGAGGUGGAGAUACUGGAUGCCAAGACCAAGGACAAGCUCUGCUUCCUGGACAAGGUCGAGCCAAAUGCCACCAUCGGAGAGAUCAAGUCUAUGUUCCACAAGAGCCAUCCUCAGUGGUACCCAGCCAGACAGUCCAUUCGCCUCGACCCCAAGGGAAAGUCUCUGAAGGAUGAGGACGUUCUGCAGCAUCUCCCUGUGGGGACCACAGCAACAUUUUACUUCAGAGACCUGGGAGCGCAGAUCAGCUGGGUCACAGUCUUUCUGACUGAGUACACAGGUCCUCUGGUCAUCUAUCUGAUGUUCUACUUCAGAGUUCCCUUCAUCUACGCACCCAAAUAUGACUUUACCACCAGUAAACACUGGGUCGUACAUCUCGCCUGUAUGUGUCACUCUUUCCACUUCGUCAAGAGGCUGCUGGAGACGCUAUUUGUGCAUCGCUUCUCUCAUGGAACAAUGCCGUUACGCAACAUCUUCAAGAACUGUACCUACUACUGGGGCUUUGCAGCAUGGAUGGCUUAUUACAUCAACCAUCCGCUGUACACACCACCCAUCUACGGGGAGCAACAGAUCCGACUGGCCCUCAUCAUAUUCUUGUUCUGUCAGAUUGGCAACUUUUCCAUCCACAUUGCUCUACGGAACCUCCGUCCACCAGGCUCCAAGACCAGGAAGAUUCCCUAUCCAACCAAGAACCCCUUCACCUGGAUCUUCCUGCUGGUCUCCUGCCCCAACUACACCUAUGAGCUGGGCUCCUGGCUCGGCUUCACACUGAUGACCCAGUGCCUGCCCGUGGCCUUCUUCACCCUGGUUGGUUUCAUCCAGAUGACUGUGUGGGCCAAGGGGAAGCACCGCAGCUACCUGAAGGAGUUCCGCGACUACCCUCCUCUCCGCUCACCCAUCCUGCCCUUCAUCCUGUAGAGGAAUACUUGACCGCUCCCCUCGUCCGUUCAGCUCUCACCCCCACCCUUGUCUGAGAGGGUGCUCUACCCCGGAGCUUAGUAGACUGACUGACUGAAAGAAUCUAACCCUUUGUGCUUUUUUCCCCCGUCAACAAAAUCAUCUUCUGCUUCCUGCCUGUGAUCCCUGUAAUAUUGAGUGCACUACACUUGCUCUGUAUUUUUUAAUCGCCCACAAACCCAUUGUGAAGCAUCCAGAGCAGCUCCUCACCUUAACUCUACAAAGUGUACACUGAAUGACGCACUGUACAUAAAUACUGUGAGAUGUCCAACUACUCAUGUCAGCUGAUACUGUUGUGAGGCUGAAUCUGCAUCUGAAGCUUUAGUUUUUAUAUCCAUUCAUCUAAAUUUGAGAACAUGACAGCAUGUCAUUUUGUCUGAAGUAAUUUAUUAAAAAAAAAGGGUAAACCAAAAUGUCCUUGCCUUACUCCGUUAUGUAUUAGUGUCACACUGUGUAUUUGCAUCAAAGACUUUGCCAAUACCACUCCAGCCUGGGAAUACUGGAGCUUUUUUGUAGAAGGCUGUAUUACGCAGAGUUCAAAGCGUCACCAAUAGGCUCAAUUGGGGUUUAAAUGUGCAUCAGUCAUCUAAAUUUGGUCGCAACCAUGUUUUGAUAUUAAUAAGACUGAGUUGUAGAGCUUAAACAAUAUUGUUUAUUGUGAACGGCAGCACUUAUGUACAGAGAAGAAGAAGCAUCAGAGGAUGCACUGAUCAUGCAGCUUCAGCCUGAGCCUCGAUUCUCUUCUUCCUCAGCUGGAGCCUCCUCUCUCGUUCAUACUCCUUCAUACGCAUCACAUAGCUGGAGGCAGAAAAACACAGGGCCCACAGUCAGUGACAAGUUGGAUGUACCGCAUCUUAUCACAAGAUUAAAGUUUAACUGUUAAAUCUGAAAUUGAGGCUGUUAAAUGUACUAAAAUUCCAUCACAAAUUAACAGUGACUUCCUUUGAGAGACAAUAUUAUUGUCUAGCAAAGAAGGAAAAAAACAAGGUUUCUUGGGAUUUUGGAUUUAGUGUGGAGUCCUAAUUUUCAAAAAGGGAAACUAGCUACUAAGUUUACACAUAUGAAUCUUUGAGAUCUUUUUUUUAAACCAACAUAGAUGAGAAUUCUUAAAAAGUAGGGCUGGGCAAUGUGGAGAAAAUCAAAUAUCAAUAGUUUUGACCAAAUAGUUUUCCCACCUUGACAUAACGCAUAACCUCGCAUUUGGUUAAAUCAAUGAAGUGGGUCUGCUGAGAGCCUCAUAAUCUAGAUCAGAGUCCAUUCUACGAAAGACCGACUAAACCCAACCUUCCAAAUGUAUUCAUGUAAACACUUACUCCUGGUGUUCGCAGUAGUCCCAGUCGUGUCUCUCAUGCUUGCAGGCCAGGAAGUUGGGCCAGUUGUCCCUCUUGCACUUCAUGAGUUUCAGGAGGUAAUGUGCACAGUAGUCCCUCUGCUCCAAAGGCAGCUGGGCCAAGUUCAUCUGCUCCUGGGUAGCUACCAUCUCUGGCAAAGGGAUACACAUUUUCACAGUCAUCUUUCAAAUCAUCUUUCAAUCUAUCAAGUACUAAAUGAUUGGUUGUUAGUAGGGCUGUGUAUUGGCAAGCAUCUGGUGAUACAAUACUCAUCACAAUACAGGCGUUAAGAUUCAGUAUAGUGGGAUUUAUUGUGAUACUUGUGACUAUUUGUGACUUUUUUUUUUUUUUUUUAAAACCAAUGUUAAGAGCUAGUGGUUCUUCCUUAAUGACUCUGUCUGUUUCAUUGGUCUGCAUUAUUGGUGUUUAGGUCAGCAAGAAGUUGUUACGUUGGAGUGAAAGAGUCAUAACGACACUGAAGGAGCUAUUGUCAAGGGAUUAAAGACAACACAAAAUGA